ACAAAAACAAAGAAAUUAAUUUUUCAAGCAAUAAGUUUGUCAACUUGCUUAGCCACCAUUUGAAAGUGUGGGGGUCCAAUAUAUUUAUUUGUAUAAUAAUAUACAAAUAAGACUGAAAACUUUAAUUAUAUACUGUCUCCCUUCAGUAUCAUAAAUGGUCACAUUUUCAUAUACAAUAUUUACUUCUUUCCUCUGCAUAUAUUAGCCUAAGCAAAGUUGGUUGUGAUUGAGAGAAAAACACAGUAAGUUUUCAUGUCAGGAGCUUUAUAUAUUUAUUUUUUUGUUGCAUGUUUUUUUGUUCUUGCUCCUUAUACAAGAGCCCAGAAUGGAACUCAACCCACUACAGAUCCAUCUGAAGUGAGAAUAUUGAAUUCUAUUUUUGAUCAAUGGAAUAUAAAGGCUGAUACAGAACAAUGGAAUAAAAGUGGAGAACCAUGCAGUGGGGCAGCCAUAGAUGACUCUGAUUUCAAUAGUGGCACUUUCAACCCUUUUAUCAAAUGUGACUGUUCUGCCAACAAUGGCUCUCUCUGUCACAUUACUCAACUGAAAGUUUAUGCAAUGGAUGUUAUUGGUACAAUUCCAGAAGAGCUAUGGAAUCUUACCUCCCUCUUCAAUCUGAAUUUGGGCCAGAAUUUCUUGACAGGCUCUCUUUCUCCUUCAAUUGGAAACCUCACUAAGAUGCAAUACUUGAGCUUAGGCAUAAAUGCAUUAUCAGGGCAAGUGCCAAAGGAAUUGGGACAACUUACUGAGCUAUUAAUGUUGUCUUUUUCAUCAAACAACUUCUCUGGUCCUCUGCCAUCUGAGUUAGGAAAUUUAAAUAAAUUACAACAACUUUACAUUGAUAGUGCUGGAGUUAGUGGCGAGAUUCCUUCAACAUUUGCGAAACUUCAAAGCAUGGAAACAUUGUGGGCAUCAGAUAAUGAAUUCACAGGAAAGAUACCUGAAUUCAUAGGAAAUUGGACAAGUCUUACUGUCUUGAGGCUUCAAGGAAACUCUUUUCAAGGACCUAUACCAUCUUCGUUCGCAAAUCUAACUUCUCUAACAGACUUGCGGUUAAGUGAAAUAUCUAAUGUAAGCUCUUCUCUUGCAUUUAUCAAUAAUCUGAGGUCUCUAAGUAACUUAGUACUUAGGAAUAACAACAUUACCGGUACAAUUCCAUCGAAUAUCGGGCAACUCCAACAGUUACAACAACUAGAUUUGAGCUUUAACAAGUUAACUGGGCCAAUUCCAAACUCUCUUUUCAACAUUAGCUCACUCUCUUACCUAUUACUUGGAAAUAAUAGCCUAAAUGGAACCCUGCCUCAGCAAAGAAGUACAUCUCUUCUCAAUAUUGAUCUCUCAUACAAUAAUCUAAUGGGAAGCAUUCCUUCUUGGGUCAACAAUCAACAAAAUCUACACAUUAACUUGGUUGGCAACAACUUUACAAUGAAUAGCUCAAACAACAGUCCUCUUCUUUUAGGAUUGAACUGUCUUCAAAAGAAUUUUCCCUGUGGUCUAGGCCGUCCAAUCUAUUCUGACUUUGGGAUUAACUCUGGGGGUCCUCAAAUCACAUCUUCUGAUAGAAUUUUGUAUGAAAUUGAUGAGGAGGCUUUAGGUCCAGCUACACAUUUUGUCACCAGCAGCAACAGAUGGGCAGUGAGCAAUGUUGGAGUUUUUGCUGGAAACAAUAAUGCUACCUAUAAAAGCUUUACAUCAUCUCAAUUCACAAAUACUUUAGAUUCAGAACUAUUCCAGACAGUAAGGCUAUCUGCUUCAUCAUUGAGAUACUAUGGUCUCGGGCUUGAGAAUGGUAACUACACUGUCAAACUCCAGUUUGCAGAGAUCGCGAUACUGAGUUCUCGCAGCUGGAAAAGUGUUGGCAGGCGUGUAUUUGAUAUUUAUAUUCAGGGAAAUUUAGUCUUAAAAGAUUUUGACAUAAAGAAGGAGGCUGGUGGUGUUUCUAACAGAGCUGUAGUGAGAGAAUUUACUGCCAAUGUUUCGCAGAACUUCAUUGAAGUCCAUCUGUUUUGGGCUGGAAAAGGAACUUGUUGUAUACCUGCUCAAGGUACUUAUGGGCCUUCCAUUUCAGCCAUCAGUGCCACCCCAAAUUUUGUACCUACUGUCAGUAACAAACCUCCAAGCACUAAAAAGAACCACACUGGUCUGAUUGUGGGAGUUGUUGUCGGGUUUGCUGCUUUAAUUGUUUUGUGUGUGUUAGCGGCUCUCUACAUUGCUCAACGUAGAAGAAGAGCUCAAAUGAAUGAAGAGUUCUUGGGAAUGGAUGUUAAACCAUUCACAUUCAGCUACAGUGAACUAAAGACAGCUACCAAUGAUUUCAAUUCUUCUAAUAAGUUGGGAGAAGGAGGAUUUGGACCUGUCUACAAGGGAACGCUUGAAGACGGGAGAGUUGUCGCUGUGAAGCAACUGUCUGUGACAUCUCAUCAAGGAAAAAGCCAGUUCGUUGCUGAAAUCGCCACAAUAUCUGCUGUGCAACAUCGUAACCUUGUCAAAUUGCAUGGAUGUUGUAUUGAGGGAGAUAAAAGACUUCUUGUUUAUGAGUACCUAGAAAACAAGAGUCUUGAUCAAGCAUUAUUUGGGAAGCAUAGUUUGAAGCUGGAUUGGUCAACGCGUUUUGACAUUUGCAUGGGGGUAGCAAGAGGUCUAACUUAUCUUCAUGAGGAAUCUCGGAUUAGAAUUGUACACAGAGAUGUCAAGUCAAGCAACAUUCUUCUUGAUUCUGAUCUCAUCCCCAAAAUAUCAGAUUUCGGUUUGGCUAAACUUUAUGAUGAUAAACAGACUCAUAUAAGUACACGAGUUGCUGGAACAAUCGGUUAUCUUGCACCAGAAUACGCCAUGCGCGGUCACUUAACAGAGAAAACCGAUAUCUUUGCCUUUGGAGUUGUGGCUCUAGAGCUUGUUAGUGGAAGACCAAAUUCUGACUCUUCUUUAGAUGAAGAAAGAAUGUACCUUCUUGAAUGGGCUUGGAAUUUACACGAACAAGGGCGUGAACUCGAACUGGUGGAUUCAGAACUAUCAGAAUUCGACGAGGAAGAAGUGAAGAGAAUCAUUGGAGUGGCUUUCUUAUGCACUCAAACCUCACCAACAAUGCGUCCAUCUAUGUCAAGAGUGGUGGCAAUGAUAUCAGGAGAUAGUGAUGUGAGUAGUGAAAUUUCAAGGCCUGGUUACUUAGCUGAUUGGAAAUUCAAUGAUGUCAGUACUCUAAUGAGCCAGAUUACACAAGGGACUGAUUCUAGCUUUUAUGACUCGUCUGCAAGCACGAGCAUGGUGGCCGAUGCAAUGCCACCGCGGCCAGCAAGUGGCGCGGCUCAACCAAAUAACGUUCACCGUCCUAUAAGUGAAGGAAGGUGAUUGAAUAUUUGACUUGAGUUUGGUUUGUGAAUAUGGUUUGUGAGAUGUUCUUUACUUGUUAAUGUAUAAUGUAAGAUCCCAUUGUGGAUUUUCAAUUCCAAUUUGUAGCUCUUUAAUUCUUUUUGUAUAUAAUAGUAAAGUGCCACUAUUUACUAA